AUGGCCACCGCCGCGGAGGUGCCGGCGGGGGCGUGGUACGGCGAGGCGCAGGGGGUGUUGGGGGACGAGUCUGCCGCGCCUACGGACCCUUAUGACAUCCAGCCUGAGGAGACAGAGCUUGUGGCGAGCCUCAACAACCUGCGCGCAGCGCUCGAUGCUGAAAUCAGGAGGUUCGAUGACAUGAACGCCCUGGAGGACGCACCAGAAGCUCCCAGGUGCCGCCACCGGAUCGUGGACGAUCUGCGCGAGUACAGACUCGUCAUGCGGGACCUGAGCCUGCUCGGCGACGAGUGCGUGCACCAGGCCGACGCCGACCGCAUUGCCCAGCACCUGGAGGCCCACCAGUUUGCCUUCGCCGAUCUGCGGGAGCGCUCCCUCGCCGCCUUCCGCUCGUACUACGAGAACACCAGGGCACUGGCCGUCGGAUCCGCGACGACGCCCGUGCUGCGGCCGCUUGGGACGCUGGCGUCGAACGCGAGCGCCGACGCCGGCCAGCGGCGCUCCGUGGGCGUCCAGCGGCGCGCCCGCCGCGACCGCGACGCACACAGCGAGGCUGCGCGGCAGACGGAGGCGCUGCGGCGCAUGCGGAUGCAGCUCGCCGAGGAGAUCGAGAAGUCCGAGGCCGGGCUGGAGCUCCUGCACAGCGGGAACGCGGGCAUCCGCCGCGCGGGGGGGGAGUUUCGCGGGCAGCAACAACACAUCUCCCUCGGACGGCGCCUCCUGGGGCUGCUCGCGCGGCAGGAGGUCAUCGACCGCCUCGUGCUGUGGGGGGGCCUCGCGGUCUUCCUCCUCGUGUCCCUGUACGUCGUCAACAAGCGCGUGGAGUACUUCACCCCGGAGGCCCUGCACCGGUUCCUGCCGCCACGCGUCGCCGCGAAGGUCGUCGCCGUGACGGUGUCGGGCUCGACGAUGGCGGCGCGGCUGCUGAUGUUCGGCGGCUCGCGCGGGUACGUCAGCACGGCCGCGGCGGUGCAGUGGCUCUUUGCGCGCGUCAACCAGCGGCGCGCCGAGAUGCAGACGCGGGCCGGGCGGCGCGCGCAGCAGCGCACGGUCACGUACCAGGCGCCGGAGGAGCCCGCGACGACGGAGCCGUCCGUCGAGCGCUACGCGACGCAGCCGCCCCCGCCUGAGGAUGCGCAACAUGCCGCAGCGAGCGACGGAGCGGUCGAGACGGCGGCGACGCAGCCCCCGAUUUCAGAGGAUGCGCAACAUGCCGCAGCGAGCGACGGUGCGUUCGAGACGGCGGCGACGCAGCCGUCUGCCCCGGGCGCGCCUGACGCAGCUGCUGCGAAUGACGGUGCGUUCGAGGACGUCGCGUCGCAGCCGCCCACGGACGCGGCCUCCGCCCCGCCCGUCACUGCGGAUGAGACCCCUGCCAGCGGCUCGGAUGGACUGGCCGCGGGGGGCGACGGCGCUGCCUCCGCAGGCGUGACUCAGGAGCAGACAGGGUCGGCGCAGCCCGGCAGUGGCGUGCUCGGCGGCGUCGCGGAUGUGGGCGGGGACGUCCUGGGGGACGUGUCGAGCCGCGCGGCACCGACUUCAGACCAGGCCGCGGCUGGGGCGCCCCCGCAGGGCGACACAGUCCCGCACGGCGGCUCCUCCCCGUCCGACACCGCGGCAGCCGGGUCCGCGGCCCCCCCUGUCGGCGGCUCCCCGUUCCAUGCGGACGCGGCAGCGCCGGACACGGUCGCACCCGCCGAGCCAGGCGCUUCGGCCGCCGAUUCGACCCCGGAUGCGGAGGCGGACCCCGCCAGCGCCGAUGACGCGGGGCCAGAGGACGUGGCUGCAACCAGCGACAACGCCCCCGAUGCGAGCCAGCCAGCCGACCUCGAGUCCAAGCCUGACGACACAGCUCCCGGUACCGCCUCGGAUCACGUCCUCAACGGGAACACGGCGCCCUCGGAAGACGGCACCGACGCGGCGCCUGCGGCUAGCAACGACGCAGAGGGCGCCGCAGGCGACGGCCCGGCAGCGCGGGGCGACGCAGCGGAGGCAGCGGGUGAAGGAGAGCCUGCGAAAGAUGGUGACGACACAGCACCGGCGAGUGAGCCCGUCUCGGCGGAUUCGCCCGCAUCCGGCGACGCAAUCACGCGCGAGCCGGGGGGCGCGGGUGGCUCGAGCGCGCCGACGCACGGCGGGGCUGGCGACGAUGACGUUGCUGAGGGACUGAAUGUUGGGGGAGCUGACGGAGGGUCUGGCGCGGGGGACGACGCGGCACGGCGUGACGAUGUGGCGGAGGGUGCUGGCGACCCUGUGGACGGCAGCGUAGGCGAGGAGGUGACGGCUGGACACGUCGGCGAUGCUGCAGCGGCACCGGAGGUCGCGACGGCUGCGGGGUCUGAUGCCCCUGACGGCGCGUCGGCGGGCGACGCGUUCGCUGCGAGCUUAGAGGACGUGCUGGAGCCGGGCGGCGAGGAGAGGGCGGGCGAUGCGAGCGAGAACAUCGCGGGUGAUGGUCCAGGCUCGGACGUUGGCAGCGGCCCCGGCGACGCGCACGGUGGCGGAGGGGGCCUCGGUGGCGGGCUGCACGCCGGUGACGGCGACGCAUCCGCGCAGCCCGUGGGCGGCGCUGUGGAGCCGCCGUUGGGCGAGGGCGCCGAAGCUGAUGGCGACUCGACUGGGGCGGACGCGGCCGCGCCGCUGGAGCCGGCAACGCAGCACGACGAGCGAUUUGGCGCCGCCCCAGAGGAUGGGGCUGCCGCUGCGUCCGCCGCCGCGAACGCCGCGGAAUCCGCCCCGGAGGAGCCUGACGGUGUCACUGACAGCGGCAGCAGCGUGCCGCCUCCAAGCGACGAUCGUGCGCCGCCGCCCGCGGGCAGCGAUACUGCGGGUGCAGCGGAGCCCGCAAGCGUCGCCGGAAGCGGCGAGCCCGCCAGCCCCCCUGACGGCAGUGCACACGCGGAUUCUGCCGAGCCCAACUCAGGCUCGGAGGACGGCAGCGACGUCUCAGACGGGGAGUCGGGGGACGAGGUUGGCGAUGAGGACACGUGGCCGGCGGAGAACGAGGACACAGCGGCCGAGGAUGCCUCGACAGGGGCGGAGCCGGGUCCGGGGCUGGCGCAGGACCCAGAGCAGGAGAUCGAGGCGGACCCACGGUGGGGGUCUGGCGGCGGCACGGGCUCACGGCGGCCGCUCGGGCGCGGCGCGGGGGGAGGGGGAUCGUCGAAGGGAGUGGGGCGGCGGCUCGGCGAUCAGCAGGCGCAGGAGCGGCAGCGUCAGCGGCAGCUGAAGAACCGCGCCAGGGCGCAGGCGAGCCUGGGGCGGCGCCCGGGGAUGCGGCGGAGAGCCGGGGCCGUAUGA